CUUUCCCGCCCUAACGCUGAAGCAUAAAUCCCUCGACCCUUCAAAUUACAACUUCUGAAAUAAUGUCUCAGCCGAUCUCCGUCGACAUUCUCUCCGAUGACGAAGACGACUGUGGCAACGGCGGAUAUGGUUACUCCGUCAAUCGGAAUGACACCAUUGAUCUAUCGACUCCGCUGACAAUUCCAUCCAAGAAGAAGCAAAGAACCGAAAGGUCUACUAAUUGGAACCCUACAGUUCUGGUAAUCGAAGACGAUGAUCCGACACCGUUUAGGUCUUCAAAGUCUACACCUUCCUUCGUGGCUGAGACCCCUAUGUCUGAUUUCUCCAAACCUGAAGUCUCCUUUGUUAGAUGCUCAUUGGGUUCCUCUUCAAUUUUGGACCCUGAGUCUUCCUGUCUUGAUUUGACCCCAUCCAUGGUUGCUGAAACCCCGGCAUCAGAGCUUUCAAAAUAUAGUGUUCCAAUAGUCAGAUCCACUAAAGCUAAUGCUGUUUCACAGAAUUGCUCUUCUUCAAUGAUAGACCACAACAAAGAUGGCGGAAUUGAUGGAGUAAUUUGUUUGGAGUCUGAUAAUGAGUCUGAGAAUAGUGGUUAUCGUGGUGCCUGGAAGGAGGAGGAGAAAGUUUGUUCCACGGAGGCAGUUGUAAAGGAGACAGAAUGGAGUUCCAGACCUUUCGGGUCCACCUUUUCUCUUGGUAUUGACAAUUUUAUGCAAAUGCCAGAAGAUGUUUCUCAUCUAAAUUUGACUGAAGCCGGUCCUUCUCUGGACCACGAUCAUCCUGAUGAAGAAAUUGAUUCCUUGGAGACAAAAGAUGAGGUCUCAAGACCAAAAGGCAAAGGUAAAGGCAAUAGAAGUAACAGAAGCAGUGGGAAUGAAGCAACAGGGAAAAUGAGGAUGUCAAAGGAAGAACAGCUUCGCCUAAAGGAAGAAAAAAGAUAUCAGAAAGAGCAAGAGAAAUUGAAAAAGGCAGCCGAAAAGGCUGAAGCUGCUGAGCAGAAAAGGCUAGAAAAGGAAAAGCAGAAGUGGGAAAAGGGAAAGUUCGCACAGAAGUCUAUUAUAGCUCAAAUUGACACUAAGGUUGUGGAACUAGGCUCAAUUGGAGGCCAUUUGCUAACAAGACUUGCUGAGAAAGGUCUUUCCUACCAAAUUAAAUCAAAUCCAAUUGAAAAGACUAUUGUGUGGUCAAUGCGUGUCCCAGAGGAACUAUCUAAGAUCUCAUCUGAAGUUAUCGAUGUUCCAUAUGUAUUAUUCAUAUUUGAGGCCGAAGAGUUUUGCAACCUUGUGAAUAGCAAAUCAUUGAUGAGUCAUGUUUCCCGUGUUCAACGCCUUUAUCCUCUUCAUACAGUUUGUUAUCUCACAAACAAGCUUUUGGCAUACAUCAACAAAAGGGAACAAGGACAAUACAAGGACCCUGCCAAUCAUACUGGUUGGAAACGACCACUUAUAGAGGAGGCUCUCUCAAAAUUAACAAUUAACUUUGUUAAGGUGCAUUCUAGGCACUGUGUCGAUGAAGCUGAAUUAGCUGAACAUGUAGCUGGGCUGACUUGCAGCCUAGCUUCUUGUCAGUUUAGAAACAAGUUAACAAGACUAUCUGUUAAUGCAAAUGGUUCUCUUAUUCCCAAGGAUUGCGUUGACAAGAACCAGAUAAAAAAGAGCCCAUGGUUGAAAGCAUUGGUGGCUAUUCCAAAGGUUCAGCCACGAUUUGCCAUUGCCAUAUGGAAGAAAUAUCCCACAAUGAAAUCUCUUUUGCGUGUUUACAUGGAUCCUAGUAAAUCGGUGCAUGAGAAAGAAUUUCUGCUGAAAGAUUUGAGAGUGGAAGGGAUGUUGGCAGAUGAUAGAAGAUUGGGAGAGAUUUGUUCAAAGAGAGUUUACAGAAUAUUGAUGGCUCAAUCCGGAAGCAGCAAGACAGAUGAUAUUGAGUGUGGAGCUGAUUUCUUCAGUCAGCAUUCUACUGAAUGAUAUAGAAUCUUUUGCAACAUUGGUGGUGUCUGACUAAUUUGUGCACACCUCAACUAACUCAACGGACAUCUCGUCCGGCCUAUAAGCACAUGUAUCCAUGGUAAUCCUAUCUACCAAGACUGGAGCAGAUCAACUCACACCAAUUUUUGUAGUUGGGGCUUGGACCCGUUAUCUCCAAGUUGUUACUCCUAUUGCCUCAACCAUUUGGCAGAAGAAAAAGUUCUCACACAAUCGCUUGAAAAAAUCUUUUUUUGGGGAUCAAUAUCACUACUUCGUUAGGAUUGGGGAAUUGCUGCGAUUCUUCCUGAAUAGCCUGGAUUCUCCCGUCGAGGUCAAUAAAAUUCUCCAGAGAGUGAGUUUCUGAUCAUAAUGACCACCUAAAGUUGGAUUUCCACCGUAGAUGCCAAAGAAGAAUAAGAAGAAGCCCGAAAAAGUGGGCUUUUAGAGAUGAGGCUUUUUGGCGAAGCCAAGUCAAUUUCGGGCCACCAAACACUUGAGCUCAAUGAUCUAUAGUGUUACUUGCCAGUGUAACAUGCUUAUCAGCUCUAAGUGAUCCAAAACUAUGGGUGUUUAUGUGCAUGCUUCAUAUCAAGUAGGUUAGCAAAAUAAUAAAGCUUGACUUGUAAUAUUGUGAUUUAUAGUUCUUUCAAUAUAGUUUUUACCUAUGAAAUCAUAUCUUAAAAGCAAUUAAGAAAUCGAAGUCUAUUUGCAUCAA